AUGGUACAAUACGUCUUUACACCAUGGCGCGACCGUUACGAGCUCUUGCUCGUUCGCGAGCAGAUGUACACAGGCAUCGACACCAACGAUAUAGAGGCCAAGGGGCAUUCAAGCCAUGCUGAAGGCAGUGUAAACAUACAAAACCAACGGAUCUUGGACGACCAGGAAACACAAAAGAGGCAGCACAAAGCGGUUGCGCGCGUGUCGAUGUGGAUGCAGCGAGGAAACUGCCCUCACAUGGUCGAGUCAACAGCCCUGUUGAUGGCGGCGAUGCUAAGUGAUAAAGAGGCAGCCGCUGGAGAAAAUGCAGCUUCGUCGGCGUACGCAAUUAGAGCAGCAUAUUCAGCAGCCUUUAGCAGGUUCGUUACUGGUCUUCUUGAUGGCCAUCAGGACAAACAGCGCAAACAGAGUAUGUACUCUAUUGCAAAGACCAUUGGGUUGCCCGCUACAUUUGUUGAGCUUCGCCAUCAGUCAACGCACGAACAGCUGCCUUCAUUAGCAAAGUUGCGCACAGCAGCUAAGAAGGCCUUGCUGUGGAUUUGGGAGUAUUACUGGAAGCAGCUGGGCGAGGACAAUAGCGAUGCGUGUCGCAAGACAGUACUACGGUAUCUCAGCGAGGGAGAUGAAUCGAAGCUGGCAGCUCUGUUCCAGGAGUUCGAGCGAUGGCCUCCUGAGCGCGUUCUCAAGACAGUUCAAGAGGUCAAGGGCAGUUUGCCAGGCAACCAAGCAUUUUUGAAGUGCGCAGAAUUGAUGCAGAGGCUACGAGAGUCUGAGGAAGAUAGGAAGUCGUCAAAAUCUGGUACCGCCGAUACGACGAUGAAAGACACAGAGCCUGACACCGGUGAAGCUGAUGAGGAAGAUGACUUUGGGUGGUCACAAAUCGCUACAAGUCGGCGAUUUCUCAGACAGAAAAUUGGAUUUCUAUCUAGUGCUCUUGUUGCUACCCGCGCCAUGCAUAUUCAGUCAAUUCCCAUGUGGGAGGGAAGCUCCAACAACUACGCUUACCUGGUAGUUGACGAUAAGUCCAAGGACGCCGUCAUCGUUGAUCCCGCAAACCCUCCCGAGGUUGCGCCUAUCCUAAAGGAGGCUAUCAAGGCGGGGAAGAUCAACUUGACAGCCAUUGUCAACACCCACCAGAGGCAACAAGAAGCUGAUAUUAUUGGCGGCAAAGACUGUGAUGGUGUUACGAAGACACCAGGUCACGGCGAGACCUUCAAGCUCGGCGACAUCACCUUCAAGGGUGUGCAUACACCUUGCCACACUCAGGACAGCAUCUGCUUCUUUGUGGAAGACGGAAAGGACAAAGCUGUUUUCACGGGUGAUACCCUUUUCAUUGGCGGAUGUGGAAGAUUCUUCGAGGGCAAUGCGGAGGAGAUGCACGAGGCCCUGAACAAGCGUCUUGCGGCGUUGCCUGAUGACACUGUGAUUUACCCAGGACAUGAGUAUACCAAGGCCAAUGUCAAGUUUGCCGCAUCUGUUUCUCAGCGCGAUGCUGUACAGAAGCUCCACUCCUUCGCCGAGAACAAUAAGGUCACCACUGGCAAAUUUACCAUCGGAGACGAAAAGCAACACAACGUCUUUAUGAGGGUCGAGGAUCCCGAGAUUCAGAAGCAGACGGGCGAGACGGAGCCUGUGGCAGUUAUGGCCAAGUUACGCGAAAUGAAGAACAACUUCAAAGAGCCAGAGGCCAAGAUAUAG